AUGGUCCAAAAUGAAUCUCAUCAAUAUAUUGGGAUUAUCGAGCUUCUUCAGCAUUUCAAGUGGACAUGGGUUGGGCUCUUUGCUGUGGCUGGUGAUAUGGGAGAACGUUUCUUGCAGACAGUAGAUGCAUUGCUCUCACUGAAUGGCAUCUGUUCAGCAUUCACACAAAGAAUACCACGAGAAGCUCAUUGGGACAAAAUGGAUGAAGUUUUGGAUAAAUUCUCUAGUAUUUUUGAACAUUUUACAGAUGAUAAAGUCAAUGCAUUUAUCAUCAGUGGAGAGGCUUUGACAAUAGCAUGGCUCAGAACUGUCAUUUUUCUCGGGGAUCCUUCAAAGAAGGGAAACACAACCUUUGCAAAGGUGUGGAUUAUGACAUCUCAGGUGGAUUUUGUUUCAACAAGUGUUCACAGGACCUGGGAUUUCCAGCUGUUCCAAGGUGCCAUUUCUUUCACAAUUCACUCCAAAGAUCUUCCAGGAUUCAAUGAAUUUCUUCAGAACACAAGGCCUGGUGUGAUACAAGAGGAUGGCUUUCUCAAAGACUUCUGGGAACAAGCAUUUGAUUGUUCAUUUUCAAACCCCAGUAUGCCUGAAAUGCAAGAUGGAAUGUGUACUGGGGACGAGAAAUUUCAGAGCCUCCCUAGGCCUGUGUUUGAAAUGGAUGUGACUGGUGAGAGUUACAGCAUCUACAAUGCUGUCUAUGCCGUGGCUCAUGCUUUGCAUGCUAUUUACUCAUCAGGAUCCAAGCACAGAACAAUGGUGGGCAGUAAACCUGUUGAAUUUCAGGAUCUGCAAGCUUGGCAGCUUGACGCAAUUCUUCAAGACAUCUCAUUUAACAAUUCAGCUGGUGAAACAGUGUCUUUUAAUGAUAAAAGGGAAAUGGCAAGUGGCUUUGACAUUGUGAACACAAUCACUUUCCCAAACAUCUCCUAUCUUAGAGUGAAAAUUGGACAGGUCAAUCCUGAUGCUAUUGAAGGGGAGAAAAUAACCAUUUAUGAUGAUACAAUUGACUGGUACAGAAGCUUUAACCAGGGGAUUCCUCUUUCUGUGUGUAAUGAGCACUGCCGCCCUGGUCAUCAAAAGAAAAGGAAAGAAGGGGAAAAAUUUUGCUGCUAUGAUUGUACCCCAUGCCCAGAAGGGAAGAUUUCAAACCAGACAGACACAGAUGUCUGCUUCAAGUGCCAAGAAGAUGAGUAUCCAAAUAUGAACAAAAAUGGAUGCCUCUCCAAAACUAUGAGCUUUCUUUCCUAUGAAGAACCUUUAGGGUUCAGUUUGGUCUCAGUUGCUGUUUCUUUUUCCCUGAUCACAGUUUUUGUGCUAUCAGCUUUUAUUAAGUUCAGAGAUACCCCCAUUGUCAAAGCCAACAAUCGGAACCUCACCUACACUCUCCUCAUCUCUCUUCUUCUCUGCUUCCUCUCAUCUUUGUUGUUCAUCGGUCGUCCUGGUAAAGUCACCUGCCUUCUCCGACAGCCAACUUUUGGCACCAUCUUCUCAUUGGCUGUGUCUUGUGUGUUAGCCAAAACUAUCAUGGUUUCUCUUGCAUUCAUAGCAACAAUGCCAGGGUCUAGCAUGACUAAAUGGGUAGGGAAAGGAUUGUCUCAUUCCAUUGUUCUUUCCUGCUCCCUUAUUCAAGCAAACAUUUGUAUCCUGUGGUUGACAACCUCUCCCCCAUUCCCUGCUCUAGAUAUGGAUUCAGUAGCAAAAGAAACCAUUGUGCAAUGUAAUGAAGGGUCAGUUGUCAUGUUUUACUGUGUCCUGGGCUACAUGGGCCUCCUGGCCAUUGCCAGUUUCAUUGUAGCAUUUGUAGCCCGCAAAUUACCAGACAGUUUUAAUGAAGCCAAGUUCAUUACCUUCAGCAUGUUGCUGUUUUGUAGUGUUUGGCUGUCCUUUGUCCCAACCUACCUGAGCACCAAAGGGAAAUACAUGGUGAUGGUGGAGAUCUUCUCCAUCUUAGCUUCCAGCGCUGGACUAUUGUGCUGCAUCUUUGUCCCUAAAUGCUAUAUCAUCAUACUGAGGCCAGAGCUGAACAACCGAGAGCAACUUAUAAGGAGAAGGAAUUAA